AUGAGGUCUGUGUGUCGCUUACUAGCCAUGGUCUGGCACGCUGCGCAAGUGGAGAUGCACGGCAGCCAUUCGCCUCAGCGCGUCAUCGAGCUGACACGAUACGCGAACCAUACGAGUUGGAUCCGGGUAGUCACCAUUCUGUUGAUCACCCCGCUGCCGUGUUUGGUUGUGACAGUACUCGUGGAUUUCCUACCGCUUGACAACCCAUCUGAUGGUGUCAGUGGGAACACAAUGUACUUCGUGCGGUCAUUCUACACUUUUCUAGUAAUUACGUUCCUGCUUACCCACCAAUUCCGGAUCAGCGUUCCUGCGCUUCCUUAUCCUUUGAAGCGGGUCAUUAUGAACACAGUGGCGAUAGCGGGGCUAAGUGUUGGUAUUUCUUACGGACUUUCGCGACGAAUUGGGUUCCCGCUGCCAUUUUCAUCAAUUAUUCUAGCGCCGGCAUGGGCGACACUUGUUCUGGCUUCUUUGGCUAUUGAAUGGAGGUCGAAGUUUAAGUUGACACCAGGCUCCGGCGCAAUGUUCGUCAACGCAACCAAGCUCUGGAUGUGCGAAGUAGCGCUGCUUUUCACGUAUCCGGUAUACUACUACGUGUAUAUGAUGCUGUCGACGAAGGGCAAAACCGCGUUUGCGCUGCUAUUACCCGUCAUUAAACUCGUUAUGAAGAACAUCGUCGCUCGAUCGGUAGUUCAUCUCAAGGAUCAAAUGCCGGAGGUCGUCGUGUUCAACGUGGAAGUCUUCAACGCCCUCUUUCUAUCCUACUGCAUGCUGAACUCACCCUCUGGCUGGGUGACGCUGGAGAUUAUGGUUUUCGACGGCUGUAUGAUGGCAUUCGCGUUGCGUGACGUAGGAAAUGCACGCCGGUGUCUGAAAGAAUUGGAGCGGCGAAUCGAACACGAGCGCAGCUGGGACAGCUUCCGCAAGCGAGGAAGUUUGAGCACCAAGUCCUCGAGCGCUAGACUAACGACGUUGGACCGGGCCGGUUUGAUAUUGUCCAACGACGUAAAACCAGGAACGUUAUCAACUCGUUCAUCCGAUGAGCUCCACGCGCUCGUGUCGCCUACUUUGUGUCCAGCACCUUGUAAGGUGAAAUCCGACAGUUCUCCUACCAGAUACACGGAUAAAGUUCAACAACUGCUGUAUGCAGCGGAGUUUCUCCUGUUGCUGAACUACGUCGAGGUCAUCAUUCCGCUCGUCUACUCGAUUUAUCUGUACGGCAUGUACCACCUGCCGAAUCGCGACUACUACGUCCAGCUGCACGGCAUCAACCACGACCAACUUCUCCACACGCUGAACGGCGUCCUCUUCUAUUGUUCCCUUCAGCUCGCUUCGCUUUUCGUGUUAUUCCUCCUGCUGCAUUGUCUAUUGGGACUCUCUCCGAUUCACCAACUCGCGUACGUGCUUGAGAAGCAGUGCAGUGGGGUACAGCUGAAGUUGGUGUUCUGGGUUUACUACAACGUCCAGGCCUCUCUGCAGCACUCGGGCUACGACUACUCCUUCAAGUUCGCUUGGCUGCAGCAGUGA